CAACAUACAAUGACACUUGUUUGCACUGUGCAACUGGCGGAGAAUCAAAAAGUCAGAGUUCUAAUCUAAGGCACGGCACUGCGCAUGCGCCGGUUGACGGGUAGCAGCAUCUACCCUCUGGUCUGGAUGAAGGAGAGUUGUCAGUGGGUCACUCUCAGUCUAUCAAUCCCUCACUAUGCACUGCUCUCCUGCUUGAGAUAUUGACAGCUGACUACAAGCAGUUGAGUGCUCUCUUAAAUAUUAUUGAGCUGGACCUCCCCAAACUUAACUGAAAACAGCAUGAUAUGGAUUAAUAUGGAAAAACUUCCUUGACUGGGAAGAAAAAAAGAUUUCGUGAGAACACAUUGAAGAAUCGAGCGUAUGGAUUACAAGUGAAGUCAGUGCUGGUUACUCCGUCUCUCAGGGGAAGACAUUUGAGAAGUGGCGACAUGAAGAUCCGUUCAGAGCGGGAUUGAUGCAAAGUUUGUCUGAAGUCCUGGAGGUUUCUCACAGGAAUAUGGGAUAUUCUGAAUUUAUGGUUUAUGUGCACAAAACCCCAUCGGUUAUGGCUGUUAUGCGUUUUCAUAUGUGUCGUCUCUACAUUCAAUUUGAAACAAAGCUACUGGAAGUCUUGUGACGGAAACAGUGGAUACUUGUCUGGAGCAAUUCUGCUGGAUCUAUUGAAUUAACCUCGGAAUUUCUCUGCCCAAUGACAUUUCCAAAGUUGUUAGUUGGGUUCCUUUUCGCAGCGUCUCCUCCUUUUAUUAGUUUUAUUUGCCGAGUCAUUAACUUAACUGGUCCUGACCAAAACCUGAAGUGUUUUCGUUGCACGGGUUUGUGACAGGAUGCGGGGAUGCACGGAAUUCCCGAUGGCCGUCACGGUGGUAUUGACACUUUUGACCAUCAUUAACGUGAAGGCGAGUGGAGAGUACUGUCACGGCUGGCACGACUCUCAGGGCGCGUGGCGAGACGGCUUUCAGUGCCCGGAGCGCUUCGACAGCGCCGAGGCCAUCAUCUGCUGCGGGAAGUGCGAGCUCAGGUACUGUUGCUCCAGCACUGAAGCUCGGCUGGACCAGGGCUCGUGUGAUAAUGAUAAACAGGCACAAGACUCCAACACUGGGAACAAGGACGACAAAAACUCUGGUGCAGUACCCAUCUACGUGCCCUUCCUGAUCGUUGGCUCGGUCUUCGUGGCAUUCGUGCUGGUGGGCUCCGUUGUUGCCGUGUGCUGUUGCCGCUGUCUACGUCCCAAACAGGAGCUUACGUCAGGUGGCGGCUCAGGAGGAGGGUCCAGCAGCGCCCGUGUCCUCGAGACGAUUCCCAUGAUGGCCAGCACGGGUACGUCGCGAGGCUCGUCCUCCCGUCAAUCGAGCACGGCCACCUCCUCCAGCUCUUCGGCGCCUCCCGCCGCUCCCCGUCCUGCACCCGUCCCCAUGCUACGCGCCCAGGCCUCGUGCUGCCUGCCGCCAGACGCCAGCGUGUACGUGAACAUGCCCACCAACUUCUCAGUGCUAAACUGCCAGCAGGCCACUCAAAUUCUUCCUCACCAAGGCCAGUUCCUGCAUCCUCAGUACAUCGGUUUCGCCCACCCCGUUUCUCCGGGUCCAGCUUACCUAGACCCCACUCAAGCGGGAUACCGCCCAUUGCAGUCUCCGUACCCUCCGCCAACCAGCGUGGCUAGUGUGGCCAGUGUGUCCGGGGAUCAGAAAUACCCUCCAAUUACCAUGUGAAUGCCAAUGGGACUAUCGUAGGAAAUAAAUUUGAAUUGAAGUCACAAGAAGAACACAAUGAAUCAAUUCAGAGCACAAAAUGCCGGUUCGUUGGCAUGAAUACACACUUGCGUCGAGACUCUCAAACUGGUUCUGUGAUAUAAAGGACACAGUGCUUAAUAAAAAGAGCUGGAAGUGUGUGUAACGUGCCUUAAGUUACUAACGGUGCUGUUGUAAAUGAAGCGUGUGUGUGUGUACAUAUGCGAUGUAUAUUUGUGUUGUAUAACCGUGCUUGUAUACUCUGUACGUGACUGUAUAGGUGUGUUGGUUUAUGGGAUGCAGUAUGUGAAUAUGUGUGUGUGUAGUGCACUAUAUGUUGUGUGUAAUGGAAAUCACAGGUGCUGUAAUGUGAAAAACAGUCCUGGCUCCCUAUUGGAUGCUUAAAAUCUAAUGAAGUGAACACAGGACACAGACUGUGACGCUCCACCCACUGCAGCACAGACACACUCACUUACAUUUUCACAUAUACACACUCACAUUCUGAAGAACCAAAGUUUGCGUUUUCACAUUGCCAAGGAACAGAAUAGAAAAUAUACAAAAAUAUAGGCCUGUGUUUGGAAAGCAAUGUGCGAAGGUCAAUUACGCAGUAAAAACUGUCUGCCAA